UUUUGUAUGGAAUUCUAAAAUCUAGUACAGUUAUAUGUACAUAUAUAUAUACAUACAUAUAACUGGCAGUGGAUUGAGGGUUGUCGGAGCAGGAAAUCACAGGGUAAUAACAAAAUGGCCCAUGGUUUAGCAGCACCAAUAAUUAUGCUGGCUCUGUUUUGUGGGUCAGCUUUUGGAGGUCAAAAAAGUUUGUCUUUAGAGAAAGUCCAGGUUCAGGCUGGUGAGGCUGCAUUAGUUUCAACAGCUGGUGAUGAUGGUGGGAUUUGCAAAUCAAUGGUUAAAACACAAAACUAUAUCUGUGAAGAACAUAAGGUAACUACACAGGAUGGUUAUGUUCUUAGCUUGCAGAGAAUUCCAGUGGGGCAGUCUGGUGAGAAGACAGCAGGAAACAGACCACCAGUUCUUUUACAACAUGGCCUUUUAAUGGAUGCAAUAACAUGGCUGCUAUUGCCUCCAAACAAGUCUUUGGCAUUUGCCUUGGCAGAUAAAGGGUUUGAUGUCUGGCUUGCCAAUACUCGUGGGACUAAGUAUAGCCUCAGGCAUACAUCCCUCACUCCUGAGGACCCGGCUUUCUGGGAUUGGUCAUGGGAUGAGCUGGUUGCUUACGAUCUUCCUAGCACAUUCCAGUAUGUGCAUGAUCAAACAGGACAGAAGCUGCACUAUGUUGGGCAUUCACUGGGAACUUUGAUUGCUCUGGCUGCCUUUUCCAAGGAUCAGCUAGUGAGCAUGUUGAGAUCAGCUGCUUUACUUUGCCCAAUUGCCUAUGUAGGCAAUGUGACCUCCCCUCUAGCAAAGAAUGCUGCUGAUAACUUCAUUGCUGAGGGAUUAUGCCGGUCGGGUGUUCGUGAAUUUGAUCCCAGAGAGCAGCCUGUUGUUAAUCUUCUUAAGGAUAUGUGCAGCAUACCAGCUGUUAAAUGCACUGAUCUGUUGACCUCCAUCACUGGCCAGAACUGUUGCCUCAACAAUUCUAUCGUCAAUACUUUUCUAGAUCAUGAGCCCCAGGCAACUGCAACCAAGAAUAUGAUCCAUCUCGCUCAGAUGAUGAGAGAAGGGACCAUUAAAAUGUAUGACUACAAUGAUGAGAACAAGAACAUGGAACACUAUGGGCAGUCCACUCCUCCAGUGUAUGACAUGACAAGUAUACCAAAUGACCUUCCUAUCUUCCUUAGCUAUGGAGGAGCAGAUGCUCUCUCCGAUGUCAACGAUGUGAAGCUGUUAUUGGACAGCCUGAAAGAUCAUGAUUCUGAUAAGCUUGUAAUUCAGUAUCGAGAAGAUUAUGCUCAUGCAGAUUAUGUUAUGGCUGCUAAUGCUAAACAAGAUGUAUAUGAUCCUCUCAUUGCUUUCUUUCGGCUGCAAUGACAUUAUAUAUCGAUUGAAAAGAAAAUUGAAAGAGUGCAAAACUUUCUUCUUUAUUCUAGUUGUCGUGACCUGUAUAUAUUCAGUUCUAAUUCUGAUUUCUUAUCAAAUUUCUUCUGCUACUUUGUUUUGUAAUCCAAUAGUUUCUGUGAAAUCUCGUUUUUAUGUAAAAAAAGAUGUAUUACAAAUGAUAGCAAAGCAUAUUGUGGCUUUGUCGAUAAAAUGAUAGCAGAGGUACCCACCUAAGAU